AUGGCCGACGAUGAUGACUGGGUCAAAGAGCUCAAGGAGCACCAGGAGCGGCAGGCUAAGAUCGACGCCCAGUUCGAAGCCGAUGUCGCCGCCAUCAAGAGGGGCGAGUUAACUUUUGAGACGCUAGCCGCCCAGGCUUUUGCCGGCUGGGACUCAGCCUCGGAUUCGACCGCUUCGCCGUUGAAGAGUGCUUUUGGUGCUGGCUCUGUGUUCGACAGUGCUGCAAAGGAGAAGCGUGGACUUGAUGAACCGGCCGAGAAAGGGCGGAGCAAUCUGACGGGCUUCGGGGCGUUCAGCGGCGCCGCAAGUCCGUUUGCGAAGAAAGAGGGCAUAGGGCUUGGGGCGUUCGGCAGCAUGUCUAGCGCGAAGCCCCGACUUCCGGCCUUGGGUGGAUUUGGGAGCACCGGUUUAGGUCUCAAGGCCGCUAUUAAGUUCAUCCACGGCAACACCGCUGCUUCACCUCCCGACAAGACCGCUGACGGGAACAGCUUCAACAAGCCUGCGGGCGGAGGCCUCUUCGGACAGGCGUCGACGAGCACGCCGGCCGCUUCGACGGGUACUAGUUUCGGCGGUUUCGGACAGCAGGCGCAGCAGUCUACAACUCAGCCGGCAGCCUCUAGCGGUGGCCUGUUUGGCGGUUUCGGACAGCAGAACAACGCGGCGACAACGAACACGGCGAGCACGGGCGGACUCUUCGGUCAGAAGCCUGCCGCUCCCGCUACCGGCGGUCUGUUUGGACAGCAGCAGCAGAGCACGACGCAGCCCGCUACCGGGGGUCUCUUUGGACAGCAGAACCAACAGCCGCCAGCGGCUACUGGAGGUCUCUUCGGCCAGCAGAGCCAGGCUAAGCCUGCAGGAGGUCUGUUCGGACAGCAGUCGACUACCACGCCAGCGACUGGCGGUCUCUUCGGACAGCAGACUCAGCAGCAGCCUGCGACCGGCGGUCUCUUCGGGCAACAGAGCCAGGCGGCCAAGCCUGCCGGUGGUCUCUUCGGCCAGCAGUCAACGACUACGCCUGCGACCGGCGGCCUGUUCGGCCAGCCCCAGCAGCAACAGCAACAGCAGCAGGGCGGUCUCUUCGCCUCCCAGCAGCCGCAGCAGAACUCGCUCUUCAACAAGCCCGCCGGCGGUCUGCUUGGCAACUCGACGAGUUUCCAGCAGCCCCAGCAGCAGUCCGGAAUCAGCAAGACAGCCAAGUUCAGCGAUCUCCCCGAGGGCGCUCAGAAGGUGAUUGAGCAGAUGGACGCUUUCUUCAAGGACCAGCGUCACGUCGGACAAACCAUCGACGCAGAGCCAAUCGGCAGGGCGAUCUGGCAGACUUCUUCGGACAUCAAGGUCGCUCACGACGAGGCCGCGGCGAUCGCGCAGGGCCUCGAUGCACUGAAGCACUCCCUCGAGCGCCUCGCGGCCAAGGUGCAGGCGCAGGCUGCUGAUCUGCAGAAACUGCUUGAGACGUGGGAGGCGGCCAAGCCCGCUGAUGCUCGUCACCCCGGUGUGCGACCCGUGGCGCACCGCGACUUCCCGCAGGAGUACUUCGCGCGCGUGGCCGCCGAGGAGGCGGAGCGCGUGACGCGGUACAAGCGCAACAUCCAGCUUCUGUCUCGCGCCGUCGUGUCUCUCGCCUCGGACGUCGAGAGCAUGACGCCGCAGGUUGUCGUGCAGACGAUUCAGAACAAUCAGAGCGCCAUCCUUGCGCUCGCGGCGCAGCUUGAGGGACUUGAGAUGCGCAUGAACACGCUCCGAGCCAACUUCACGGAACACACCAACUCUAUGCGCGACCCCUUCCAGGUGGCGAGAGAGGAGAAAGGCCUGCCUCUGCUUGCGGCCUAG